AAAAGACAGAGAGGAGGGAUGGAAACAAAAGCCCUGCGUGUUUAGACUCAGAGCAUGGUGAGGAUCUCAGAUUGGCCACAGCGCUUGUGGGUGCUGCAUCUUUGUUUGUCACCAGGAUCUGGGUUUAAAGAACUUGAAACACUGACCAAUGUAGAUUCAAUCUGGAUUUAAAAUUCAACAGGAGAAGAUUGAGCAUUAUCUGCUGUUUUGGAAGAAUUUAAAGAGGCAGUGAGGCUCAGGUUAUCAAUAUGGACACUUUAAGAAACAACAGAAAUCCUUGGGGGCUUUAUGAGACGGAAAUACCACACAGCAGGUUUUGUGAUCCGGCCUGUGGAGUCAGUCCUGCAGAAAAACUGACCCCCGAGCACCUGCAGCUCCUGAGAAAUGCAUUUACUUGUCCAAAAGCUGGACCACUGAUCCAUGAAUUCAGGCCAAAAGGAAGGAGUGGAAGGAACAGAGGAAAUGAAGGAAUGAAGUUCGCAGAGUUUCGGGAGGUUUUGAGGUCUGUGAUUGGUCCAGAUGUUGAAGACACAUGGGUCGAAAGGUUCUUUGGUGAGGUGGACAUCAGCUGUACCGGCCAGGUAAAGUGGCAGCAGCUUUGUUCCUACCUGCUUCUGGAGUACACCGAGAGAGAUCGGGCCUCCAUCCCCAGAGCAGCUCUCCUGGACUCCAGGCCGCAGAUCAGACACUGCUCUCACAACAAGCGGGAGCCAACAGUGCGUGUAGUUGCUGUCUCUCACCCUCCUCCACUUCGCUAUAUUAGUGUCAGUAAGGGAGGUCAGAUCACUGUCUGGAACAGCAGCCUACACAUCCUCAAAACUCUAGGGCUUGCCGGAGACCCAACGGAGGAAGUGGCCAACACGAGGAGGUUCAGAGGCUGGACCACUGAUGCUGUCUCUAUGGGCAACGUCCACAAGGUUGCCAUAGCAACCGACUGCAGGGACUUGCACUUUGUCAAUGUCUCCACGGGCAAUGGUUUCGAAGUGUCCCGACUGCGCUUUGUUACUGGUAUGAUGCUCAGGUAG